AGUAGAUCAUAGAAGUUGCACAAACACAACUCUUAUUUCAAAAUGACCGAUAUCAGUGGCGCACCCUGCUACGGCAUGGAUCCGAUUUUUGGAGUAUGUGAUAUGCAACCGCUGAGUUGGAUCGUUGCAGUUGCCAUCCCUACGUGCUUUGCUCUCGCCAUGGUCAUGGGUGCCAACGAUGUGGCAAACGCAUUCGGUACCAGUGUUGGGGCUGGAGUCCUUACAAUCAGAGUGGCAUUACCAAUCGCCGCUGUAUUUGAAUUUGUCGGAGCCAUCACACUCGGCAGAGGUGUUUCUACGACCAUCCGAAAGGGUAUUGUCGACGUCUCCACUUUUAACGAAGUCCCCGGUCUCUUGAUGCUGGGAAAUUGGUGCUCAGCUGUUGGUGCCGCUGGAUGGGUGGGAAUCUCCACCGUGCUCGCGUUGCCCACGUCAACGACAAACGCCGUUGUUGGAGCCAUUGUUGGCUUUGCUCUAACAGAGAAUGGAAGCAGUGGCGUAGAUUGGAAGGGCUUAGGAAUAAUUGUUGCUAGUUGGAUCAUCUCCCCAGUAUUCGCUGGGUGUAUGGCUGCCGUUGUCUACACAGUGGCGAGGAAAGUUGUGCUUGAACAAGAGAUUGAAGUCGGUCUCGCACGGUCUCGCUGGUUUUUAUCCGCUGCUAUUGCGCUGAUUAUUUUCCUAGUUACUGUGUUCAUCGCUUACGAUGUGUCGGACAGUGUGGGUAUCUGGUCAUGGCUUGGAGCAGUUAUGGCCUUAGUCAUUGCUGUCGUGGUUUUCUUGGCCUUGUUCUACUUGCCGUUCGGAAUCGAUCUUUUCAUCAAAACUGUUGUUAGCUCCAUCGAUGCGCGGGAAGAAAAGGCAGCUGAGGAGGCUGCCGAGAAUGGCGAGGUAGGGACAACCAGCUCCAGUGUUGUGCAAUUGACCAAUCAAAGUACUCGAAAUGAUAUCGAGAAGAAAGGCUCGACGGGAAGCGAUAUUGGUAAUGCUGAUGAUCUGAUGAUUGAAGAAAGCGAACCCGAUGCCAACCAAGGGAUGACACUAUACGAUCAGACCGUGGAACGAAGAUUCGCCGCCGGUCAGGUUGUUAAUGCUUGCUAUCUCUCAUUCAACCACGGUGCGAACGAUAUCGCAAAUGUUGCCGGACCGGUCGCUGGUGUCUGGGGUGUGUACAUAACCGGUACCACCGCUGAGGAGUAUAAUACACCUAUUUGGAUCAUCUGCGUGAUGGGUGUCGGAAUCAGUAUUGGUCUAGCGAUCUGGGGAGCUCCAGUCAUGAGAACGAUGGGUCAAAGCAUGACAAAAGUUACACCGGCACGUGGAUUCUCUAUGGAAGUUGGUACGGCCACUGCUGUGCUCAUCGCUUCGUUCCUGGGUAUUCCAGUCAGUACGACGCACGCGGCUGUCGGUAGUGUUAUUGCAGUAGGUCUAUGCAACGGUCAACCGCUGAAAGAAGCUGUGAAUUGGAAGUUGUUCUCUGGUAUUGCUAUUGGAUGGGUCGUCACUCUGCCUGUAGCGGGUGGGAUAUCAGCAGGAGUGUAUGCGUUAUUCAGACCACUCGUCAAUGCUGUGAUGCAAUAUUAAUUAACGUAAAUCAUUUAGAGAAGUAAGAGUUUGCUUCGUACAGUUAUCUCAAACUCGUGUAAGUAAAUAUAGAAUAUAGUGGUUUAUAGCCGAAAUUUGCCAGACUCCAAUCUGAAAUCAAAUGAAUUUCCAACCAAAACAAC